AUGGGAAGUUGUUAAGUUAAAUCACAAAGCAUGUAUCAAAAUAAAGAUGAUGAUUAAAUUGAAACAACAUCAUAGCCCAAUAUUUAAUCAGUUUAAUUUACUCCUCUUGUUUGUAACAUUGUUGGGGAUUAGGAUAGAAUGGAUGAUUUAUUCUUAGAUUUAGAAAGAUAACCAUCUCUAAAUCCUAUUUAACAGACCUAAAAUUUGUAAGAAAAUGUAAAAUUUAUUAUUAUGGUAAGUUCCAGCUUACAUCUAAAGUCUAAAUUACUCAUGAUCCUCAAUCUUAAUCUUUAAAUCAUUCAUAACAUACAAACAAAUCACCCAAGAAAUCUAAAAAUUUGAAUGCCAAAUUUAAAGAGAUGAUAUAUUGA